GUCUAAUGCCGAAGAGAAACGUGAACAGUGUGUGUCGAUGUACGUAGGUAGAAAGAAAAAGAAUUUUUUUACGUAGUAAUCGGUCCCGCGUGUAACUCGCAAUACCAAAAACAUCAGACAAUAAUAAAAUGAUACAAUUAGCUGCCAAAGAAAUUAGCUGUGAUUUGUGUUUUUGUGAUAGAAAGUUACAAUGUUUAUAAAAGUAUUAUGUAGUGUUAUCGUGACUAGUUUCAUUGGAAAUUUGUUAAAUGCAUCGCCAAUAGAUCCUGUUCCUCACCCAAAAGUUUCAGAUUUCAACUUGAACUCUUGGAUUCGAUACUAUGAACCUGCGCAUUACGAUCCAAGUUCAUUAGUGUCGCAACAUAAACGCGUUCGGAGAAGUUCGGGUAGUGAUUCUCGUUAUUUUUUACGUUUUGACGUAAGAGGACACCACAGGUUAUUCAAACUGAUGCUAUAUCCUGACAACGAAGUGUUUGCUGACGAUAUUUCGUUCGAAUCAACGAACGGUAUUAUCGAUUUCGACCCAAGGAUUGUUUACACUGGAAAUUUAGAAGAUGAUGAAAAUUCGGAAGUCCACGGUGUGAUAACUAAAGAAGGUCUCUUCGAAGGCACAAUACUCACUACUUUUGAAGAAUUCCACAUCGAACCUUUGAGUAGAUAUUUAUCGAUAGAAGAUAUGCUGAACUCUCCAUUCCAUUCUAUAAUUUAUAGAACGUCCGACGUUCAGAAUCUUACAAAAGGACAACCUUGUGCCUCGCAUCGUCUACAUCUCAAAAACUCGAGCAGAAACCAAAACCACCGAAAAAAACGAUGGUUACUAGAAGCCGAAGCUAAACUACCUCCAAAUUACGAUGAUCCUCCAUUAUAUUUCAAUCCAAAUAGAACUAGACGUCCUUUCACACCAAUCUUCGAUCUUAACCAGCCAAUAGACGAAGAACUCGAAAUGUUUUCUAAUAGAACAGCGGUAGAUGCAUCUGGGCUGAUUUUUCGAAAUGUCAACAAACGAGCUACCGUGGAUCCUAAAAAAACUACUUGUAUGCUUUAUUUACAAGCAGAUCAUCAAUUCUUUUCCAAGUAUGGUACUGAGGAGGCUUGUAUCGAAGUGAUGACCAGGCACGUUCAGAGAGUUAACGCCAUCUACAGAAAUACAGAUUUCAAUCAGGAUGGCAGAAACGACAAUAUCACUUUCAUGGUGAAAAGGAUCAAAGUUCAUACGCUUGACGCACUCAAGGACCCUCUUUACAGGUUUCCUAACAAUUAUGGAGUGGAAAAGUUUCUAGAACUUUUUUCAGAGGAAGACUACGAUGCUUUCUGUUUAGCUUAUAUGUUCACGUAUCGCGAUUUCGAAAUGGGAACAUUGGGAUUGGCUUGGACUGGAGAUUUGAAGAAUGCUGGAGGAGUAUGUGAAAAGAAUGGACACUACCGCGGCAGUAUGAAAUCGCUGAAUACAGGCAUAGUGACGUUAUUGAAUUAUGGAAAACACGUUCCUCCUGCAGUGUCUCAUGUUACACUCGCUCACGAAAUUGGACAUAAUUUCGGAUCUCCGCAUGAUCCAGAACAGUGCUCCCCUGGCGGCGAAGACGGGAACUUCAUAAUGUUCGCGAGGGCGACAUCAGGCGACAAGAAGAACAAUAAUCGCUUCUCCCCGUGUAGUCUUAAGAGCAUCAAUCCGGUGCUGAAUUUCAAAGCAAGAUCCCCCAAAGGAUGCUUUACAGAGCCGAAAGCAGCUAUUUGUGGUAAUGGAGUAGUGGAAGAAGGCGAAGAAUGCGAUUGUGGCUGGGAGGAAGAUUGUAGAGAUCAAUGUUGUUUCCCUAUGAGAAGAUAUGCCAGUAUAGAUGAGAUGCCUUGUAAGUUAACACCGAGAAGCGCUUGCAGUCCAUCGCAGGGACCGUGCUGUACGUCUAAUUGUCAAGUCAAAUUUGGAGACAAAUGCAGAGAUGACAAUGGAUGUAGAGAUGAAAGCUUUUGUAACGGCAGAGACCCACAAUGCCCUCCUUCAAUCAAUAAACCAAACAAGACUAUUUGUAACAAGGAGUUCGUUUGUUUCAUGGGGGAAUGCACUGGUUCUAUUUGUUUGGCAUACGGUUUGGAGUCGUGUCAAUGUAUUCCUUCUAAUAACGAUCCAAAAACAAAAGCCUGUGAAUUGUGCUGCAAAUUACCUGGAGAUAACCAACCUUGUUUAUCGUCUUUCGAAUGGAAUGACAUGCCUUACGACAUACCGGAUAUGUAUUCAAAACCAGGAACACCAUGCAAUAAUUAUAUAGGUUAUUGUGAUGUAUUUCAAAUGUGUCGAGAAGUUGAUCCCUCUGGACCUUUGGCAACUUUGAGGAAAUUAUUACUUUCCGAUGAAAGCAUUGCCAGUUUCAAGAAAUGGAUUACCGAUUACUGGUAUGCAGUAGCACUCAUUAUUGCUACAGUAAUCGCACUUUUGGUCCUGAGCACGAAAUAUUUAGGAAAACGACCGAAUCUUAAACUAAAAUCAAUCACAAUAAUUCAUAAGUCACCAACAGAAGCUGUACGUCUACCUCCGGACGGAGAAGGUGUGACGGUUCAUCCGGGAGUCCGCUCUAAACUACCCUUGAAACGUAAAGUCAGAGACGUUAAAAUGAAAAGGAAAAGAAAGAGCAAAGUAGAAUCAAUAAACAACAAUCUUAACAGUCCAAAUAAACAUCCUAAAGUUUCACCUAAAAAGAAAAAGAGGGUAUCGGCAGCAGUAGUAGCCGAGGAAGUGAAAACAAAACCAGUAGAUACUAAAGUAUUCGAAGUGCCAAGUAAUAAAGUAAAAAAACCAACACAAGCCAAACCGGUCAAAAAGAAGAGGAAGAAGAACGAGAUUAUAGAUUACAGUAAUAUUCAGGCCGAUCAAGAGGGUAAGAAGGGACUAAUUGGAUCGGAAGCUAUACAUACUCCCUUAACUCCAGAAUCGGAUCCAGUUGGAAAAGUUCAAAAUUGGUUGCUCAAGUCACAAUAUGCAUUGCCAAAAUCAAAAUCCACUCCAGUAGGUUUGACAGACAAGACCAGGAGGAGUCCCCACAAACGUCCAACCAUACGCCCUCGUACGGACAAAAGUAAAUCACAUAGCGUGGGCAAUUUGCCGAACGAAAAAGAAAAAGUUCGUCUACAAGUAGUGUACAAACCACCAUUUAAGUUUAGUGUUAAGUUGCGUAAACCAGAGAAAACUAGUGUUAUAAUCGAACGUAUUCCCGACGCGCACAAAGCUCCGAGAACAGGCGUGUUAGUGCGUACGGUUAAAGAAGCGGAAAGCAAACCGUUUCCUCCGCCUCCUAAAAUACCUCUUCCGCCUAUUCCGGUGGAAGCGGCUAGAGAACAGAGUCCCGCUGCUAGUGUGGAUGUCGUGGAUAGCGUUAAUUCCAUUACCAAUAUUGAUUCCAAUAUUCAUACCGUCCAAUCUGAUCUAGAAGUACUGUUAUCCGAAAGUGAAUUUCUUUUUUCAGAUGACUGAUACAAUUUUACUUAUUAUUAUUAUAAGAUGUUGAUAAUAUCAUUUUGUGAAGGCUGUGGAAAAUCAUUCCGCGCUAUCAGAGAUGCUGUUUUAAUUUAUAUUAUUAUUAUUUAAUAUUUUAUUAAUUAAUCUUUGUUCACUCAGAAUUGCUCCUUAAAUUAUCUCUUAAACAAAAAAUUUUUAGAUAAAUUGUGUACUUAAGUGAUAAAAAUCAACAGACGCCGAUAACAAAAUGAACUUAAAAUACAUUGAGCGCCAGUGAAGAAAAUCUUAAACUUUCCCAUCAGUCUUAUAUUUAUAUUUCAAGUUUUUACUCCCAAUAUUAGGUGGCUUGUUACCUGACUGAUUUCACAAAUUCUAUGAACUCCUUCAGUCCUAAAUAUCGUAGUUUUCUUGGAAUUGUAACACGGUUUCUUAAAUUUUCCGCGAUUCAGUUGGCAAUAAUUUCUUUGACACUACUUCUACUUCUACUGAUUCCAGUGGAGGCACAGAAAACUCUGAAGACAUUUUUUACUUUAGAGUAUUGAGAAUAACUUCUAAACAACCACUAAUUUCACGUUUUAUAAAUCAAAUUCACAGGUAUUUCUCAGCUAGCAUGCUAACGUUUGAAAGACGUUACAUUUGAAGUUGUUUUGUUGAUAUUUUGACGAACUUUUGACAUAUAAUGACGUUCUUUUAACUUUAUAUUGUUAGGUUAAAUGAGGCAUAUUUAGACGGUUAAUGGACGUCAGUUAUAUCUUAGAAUGACUUCUUUAUGACGUUUAAUAAAAACAAUUAUUAUGUUGAAAAAUGUAUUACGAAAAACUUAUAUAUUUAAAAAAUAUAUAUAAAAAAAUUGACAAUUAUUAAUAAUUCGUUUGAUUGAAAAAUAUUUGAGAAAUAUAAAAUAUUAACAACACAAAAUACUUACAAACAUAGCAAAAAUUCUGCCUUAUACAGAACUGAAUAGGAUAAUAAUAUGUACAUAAGUAUUAAAAAAUAAACUAAAAAAAUUUACAAUUCUUAUAAUCAGUGAUAUUUUAAGAGGUAUAGGAUUUUAUUUUGAAAAAAAAACCACAAAAAUUUGGAAAAAUUGAUGAAAUCUUCAUUGGAAUCGAUAGAACAAUCAGUAUAAUUUAAUGUUUGAAGAUGAUUUCAUGCAAAUGUUGGCCUCGGCUCCGGUUUAGAUAGCCCAUGCACAAGGUCCAAUUUUGGCAUAUUCUCUCCAACAUAUCGGUAAGUAUUUCACGAAUAAAUUCUUCGAUAUUGCGUCAAUAGUUGCUGAUUUAUCCCUGUAGACAAUAGUCUUAUAUGGCCCCACAAGAAAUAAUCCAAAAGCGUUAAAUCACACGAUUUAGGCGACCAACUGUUCACGUUGUGACAUGUGGCACCUUCUUGUUGAAACCUAAUGUCAGGCAUAUCCAAUUCUUCCAUUUUUUGCAAAAAAAAUCGUCAAUCAUCACACGGAAGCGCUCGCCAUUCACAGUAACGUCGCUUUUGAAGAAAUACGGCCCGAUGAUGCCACCAGCCUAUAAUCCACACCAAAUAGUGACUUUUUCGGGAUGCAUUGGUAGCUCUUGCAAUUCUUGUGGCUGGUCUUCACUUCAGAUGCGGCAAUUUUGCUUGUUGACGUAUCCAUUCAACCAGAAAUGAGCUGAACACAAUUUUUCGAUGAAAAAGUGGAUCUCCCUUCAACUUUGCUAGCGCCCAUUCACCAAAUGUUAGAUGGUGUGGGAGAUCGUGUGGUUUCAAUUCUUGCACCAGCCGUAUCUUAUGAGGUUUUAUAUCCAAAUCCCCUCGCAAAAUUUUCCACGUAGUGCAGUACCAGAGGCUCAAUUGCUGCGAAUCGAUAUUUCACGGUCAUCAGUAACACUGGCGGAUACAACCGCAAUAUCUUCUUCAGUCUUCACUGUACGUUUGCAUUUUAGUGGUUUAAUGUCCAAUAGUGUGAACUGGGUGCGAAAUUUAGUCACAAGCUUCGGAGUAGUUCCCUCAGUAGGCCGACCAAACUCCCCAUAAAUUGGAAAAAGUACGCGAUGCACUCUCUUAACCAAUCAUGAAUUUUGAUAGUAAAAUUCAAUAAUUUGCAAGCGUUGUUCGUUCGUAGUCGAUUCAUUAUUAAAUUAUAGAUUAAACUGAACAAGUUUGACAAUGACACAAGACACUAUUCACGCGCGAUCUUUCAAAAACAGCGUUGCCAAAAAGAUAACAGCAAAAAAAUCACUCGUUAAUAUUAUUUAAAAAAAAACAAACCAAAAUACUUGAAAAAGUAACAAAAAGUACGAAUCUUUGUGAGUGUUCUAACAAACCUGAUGGAUAGAGAAAUGUUGAAAUAUUAAAAGUUUUCUAGUUGCCGUCAAAAUCAGAUGUAAAUGAUAAGAGUUUAUUGAAACUUUUUCAAUUAUUUGUCGUGGGUGGCCAGCGCACACGCGUUUUGUGUAGGUCAGCCAUUUAUCCAACACGGAGCUGAUGCGAGGCAAUACAUUCGGAAAAUCAAAUUCAAACCCACUUCCUAGUCUUAGUAACUGCAAAUUUCAUAUAUAAAAUAUUUGUAAAUUAUUUCACAUAUUAUUUACUUACUUUGUUAAUUAGAUUUAAUUGAAAUUUAUCACUUAUAAAUGCUUAUGAACCAUAUAACUACAACAAACUAUGAACUAUCUAAGAACGAACUCAACCAGUGACUACCACUACCACCACUACACGUACCAUACUUGAACUGGCGCAGGCGCGCCGAGCAGUUAACUAGAAUAGCGGUGCCGGACUGUGUUGAUAUUAUAAGAAUGUUAUACGAAUAUUGGUAAAAAUGUACUGUUUUUAUCUAUAACAAAUUGUGUCUACUAAAUUUAAAAUUAGAAAAAAACUAAUAAUAUAAAAAAAACAUUUUUAUAGUGUAUAUGUUUAAAAGAUUAUAUAGACGAAUAAUAAACAAUUGCGUCGAAUUAAAAUUCAAAUUUCAAGAUUUUAAGCACAUUAAAAAAUAUUAAAUCCUAAACUGGAGCUAUCAAUCAAAUUUAAAAAAAUAACCAAAAAAUGUUAUAAUAUUCAAGUAGGGCAUAAAGAUAGAUUUAUACGAAUUUUUAACUUUUCAAAAUUUCAAAAUACCGUGUAAAUGUCAAUUUUUCUUAUUGCAAAAUUUCACUAUACUGAAAUAAUAUAUAUAUAUUGCAAAAAGCAAUUAUCAUUUUUUUUAAUACAAUACGAAGAUAUUGUUUUCUCGGAUUGACGUGUUGACGUCAUAUAAAACUGAUUUCAAAAAAAGUCUUUUUGAUGUCAUGAUGUCAGUUGACCAAAAAGACAUCUAAUAGACGACAGCUUGCUAGCUGGGUUUAAAUGUCUUAGCAACGCUGACCUAAUUGUCGCUAUAAAGUACUUAGAUACCAAUAACAAGAUUCAAAUUUCACAUCGAUAAUUUUCUGAAUUGAAUAUUGUAUCAAUAUAAUUUUUCAAUAUCAAAUCAUCGUAUUUCCCGUCUCAGAAAAAAAAUUGUGUAUUAUACACGGAAAAAUACUAGAUUUUAGGGUUUCUCUCUUGUGUAAUAAAUAACAAUUGAAUAUUAUCAAACUUUUUUUGAUAUUCAUGUUCUAGGUACUCUAUUAAUUAAUAUAAUUAUGCAAUUGUUUCAUAAAGCCGAAAAUAUCUCGAAACGUCACGAUUUCUAGUCGUUAAAAAAUAUCAGGGCAAGUUCAAAAUAAUCCUUCAAAGAUCUAAGACGGUCCAACUUAACUAUAAAAAAACAUUUAAAUACGUACUUUUAACUUUCCAUCCCGCAGGCGGUGUGAUUUCCCUCGAGUCGGCGCUUGUCGUAACUUUUACCUGAUCAAUUUUUCUUCAUGCGAGUAGAGUUUCCUUUAUAUAAAUGCUAGGAAAUUGCUGUGAGGUUAUGAAAAAUGAUACGUUCAUAACAGCACCUCCUAUGGGACUCAAAUCAGAUAUGAUUAUGUCAUAACACAAAGCUUUAAUAUCAUCUAUUAUACCCCAAUUUUUUGUUAAAAGAUUAUGAAUGCUCAACCUUGUUUAUCAUCUAGUUUUCUUUAUGCAUAUGGUGUUCUGUUUAUAUAAAUGAAAAAUUAAAUUCAAGUAACUGAUUUUAUUAAACAAAAAAUAAGCAGCACAUUAAAUAUCUCAAUCUUUUUUAGACCUUUUUGUCAGAAUGAAUAUUCUCAUCUUUACAAUCAUUGCAAACUACCUAAAAUGCGGAAUGGUUCUUGCAUGUAAAGGACUGGCAUAGGCAAUAAAUCAUCUAUACUUAAGAUUACGCAUGACCAAAAAACAUCGCGUUUUGGAUGGUCUCCCUUUUUUCUUAGCACUUAUAACCUAUUGUAAACGUUUAAUGUUAAAUGAAAUGAUGUUUCAUGAGAGUCACAUUUUUGAGUAAAAGUUUUGAAACCUUGGACAAGCAAAUCGAUAUAAAAUUUAUAUAUUCAUGCCGCCGUUCAAUACAGUGUAAAAAAUUACAAAGCUACACACAAUUUGUCGACUUUAUCCCCGCCUCUAAUUUAAUUGUAUUCCUGAGGUUUUCUGGUGUCAGGAUCCAUUUCAUUGUCGUCAAUUAAUGUUUACAGAUUUAUUUUUCUGAGGGACAUAAGAAAUCAUAAUUUUGUCCUUUUGUAAACCAAAAACAAGGGGGUCUUAACAGCUUUGUCUUUAUCUGAUAAAAAAUCUUUUGGGAAUUCUGCUUUGUUCAUUUCAUUGUGUCCAAAACUUCCGCUUUGAGUUUUCUAUCAAAGUUACUAGAUGCUCUAUAAUAUCUGUUGGAGUAUUAAAAGCAGGAAAUGAUGCAGCCUACCAUUGAUUAUAAUAUAAUCGCUCAAAAUGAAUGGAAGUUUCAAAAUAUUUACUGUCAGUGAACUUUCUUCCCGACAGCCCACGACCCUCGUUAUUUUAUGUAAGCUGAAAAUUUCUAUGUUUAUGUCUCCAAUACAGGUAAGGAUGACCCCGACUAUGAAAUUCCGAUUGUGGCAAGUAAAAGGUAGUUAAGGUGUAUAAAAUAGUACCUUGAAUUCUUUAAAAUAUACACUUCAAUUUUUUGUAUUUUCUCCAGAAUAUAUGUAGAAAUAGCGUUAUCUAUUUCCAGACACUUUUUACAGUCGCCAGACAUCCCCAAACUGUUUUUCCAUCUUGCCAGGCACAUAUUCUUGUCAUUAAAUCUCAGAUGAAAUUGUUGUAAUUUUUGUUAUUCCAUUCCCAGUAACUCCACUGGGAGUUAUAUACCUCAAAAUAUGGACAAAGACAUGUCGACGAAUUCAAUUCAUUUUCAAGACGGUAGUGGGUACUAAUAAUUUUAUCUCGUUGGUUUUCUGAGAAAUACCGUAUAGCGUCAUUGCAUAAAUUUAUUUCUUUCACUAAAAAGCUCCUUCAAUGUUUGUACCUCUUCUUCAGAUUCGUGUAAAGUGUUUUCUCGUUCGUUAACACUUUUUUGGGAGGGUUACUUGAUUUUUUGUUCCAAAAAUUUACCAUUUAUCAAUGGCAAGUAAGUCUCAAUAUCUGGUAGUACUGUUUCUUUAAAUAAAUCUUUGCAUUUUUUUCUAAUUGUGUGUUAGCGACCUACUUCCAGAAUGGAACACGUUUAAAACAAAAAAAUAUUUACACUCAAACAAAUUUAUAAAUAUAAAUAAAUGACUUCUCAGCACUUCCAAUAUUAUGGGGGUAGGAAUAGCUCAGAGUUUGAUGGUUAAAAUCAAGUGGUAAAAGUGGUGGGAGGCAACUCUGUACUAUUAGGAAUGUUCAAUUGACUAUGGACUCCGCUGGGGCUCAAUGUAUUUGUUCAAUUUUGGAUUUGGGAUUUUUUUUUUAAUUUGCUAAACCUUUUUUUAACAUCUUGAUGUAAAAAAUGGUGAAAUUUGAUUGUAUAAUUGGUAUAUUAAUGGUCAGCUGUGUAAUAAAAAUUAUUGAACACGAAAGUGAAAGAUACAUUUGAGACUUUUUCAAGGUUUUUGUUCUGUGCAAGUUUAUUUCAAAUAUAGGUUUUUUUCAAACUGGAAUUAGAUUAAAACUCCAAAGUUUACUGUUGCACAUCCAUGCGCCCCAUAUUAGAUAUUAUGUCAUAAUACAGAGCUAAUAAAAUAUAUUAUGACUCAAUUUCUCCUCAAAAGCUCAUAAAUGCUCGACCUUGUUUAUCAUCAAUAUUAUGAUUGAUGAAGAACAGCAAAUUCUCUGAGAGAUAAUACACUGAAAAGAACAUUCACAGUUAUCUCUGCACUCUCAUUUUGUUUGCUAUUUAUGUAAAAUAGAGGUAAGGAAAAGUGUUUCGUCAAUUGAAAUAUGUUAAAUAAAAGUUAAAUUAGCACCAAUGUCAAUUUUUUUAAGUUACUUAUUAAAAAAUUUGGAACUUUGUUGAAUGUUCAUUUUUCAAUUCGUCUACAACAUCUACAUUCAUAUUAAACAUUAUAUCCGCACUAACUCCAUUCUGUUGAGUUUUGAACUGUAAUUUACAGGGUACAGUUAAGACACUUUUUCCGCUUAAUAAGAAGCAUUUCUUUUGUGGACAUAUUUUGGCAGAAAAAAAAAUCAUUUUGUUUUGAUUGGCAGUGUAGAAAUUUUGAAUUUUUUAUUCUGUUUGUUCAUAUGAAAUUUGUCAGUUUCCAAUUAUUUCCAAUUACCAAACCCAAACGAAACCAUUGAAAAUUUGCAAAAUCAAAAUUGGAAAUUAGAAACAAAAAGGUAUUUGUUGCAGAAUUGGUAGAUGAUUAAUUAUUCAAUAAUUUUCAAUUGAAAAUGUAUUUUCAUUCUACUUCGACGCACUUCAAACGAUUUUGUAAAAUAUUUGAGGGGUUUAUGUGAAAGAAAUAUGAGCAUACAUAUAAUGUGCCAAAAGUACGCAACUAUGUAUUGUAUGAAGAAAAAUGAAUCAGAAUGUGACAUGUCAAUAUCUAAUCAUUCAUAUUUAAAAAUUCAAAUACUGGUUUCUUUGACUAAUAUUUUUAUAAAAUUGCAGAGACGUAUUUUUCUAUUAAUCAUUUUAAACUUUUCAUGAAAAUUCUUCAAAAUUACAGUCUUAUAUGUCUCUACAAUUAUUCCAAACAUAUUAAUUUAGUCAAGUAAAAAAAAUAAUUAUUUUGUGUACCCAAUUUCUAUUUAAUAUGUAAAAAAUUGAAAAUGUGACUAGAAUUCUGAAAAAAAUUCAUUGUGAAAUUUGUAGUCCAUAAUAAAGUUGAAAUAGAAGAUAAUAAUACAAAUUUUAAGUAUAGUCCAGUCGUCCUAGGCCAAAUUAAGUCGGAAAAUCGACAGUCCCAGUAUAUUACCAUGUAUAACUUCAUAUUUUGGCAUCCUACUAUUCUCAAAAUUCACAUUUUUUGCAAAUAUCUCGUUUUCUAUGGGUUUUACGCUAUUUGUAUUUAUUAUCAAUAUUGUAGAGAAUUCAAUUCUCUACAACUUUUGUAUUUAAUAUUUUUUUAUAUCUUGAACUGUUUUCGAGAUAAAGAGCGUAGAGCGCCCGGUCAGAGAAUUAUCUGAGGUCAACGGGUAGUCCCGAUCAAAAACUCCUAAUAUUGAGGUUAUAAUGUAUAAUUAUACGUUUUUGUUAACUUUUAGAUGAAAAUAAUAUUUUUUUGGUUACUUAUCUAUUUUUAAUUGAAUGCCAAUUUAUUUGAUAACACUUACCUGGUCAUGUAGGUAAUUAAGAAAUUGUUGAGGAAAAUACUUAAAUUUCAAUUCUAAUCUAAUUUAUACUUUUAUAUAAAUAAAGUAGAAAAUAAAUAGAUUUUCAAUUAAUGUUUAUUAUUAAACAUGUCAUUUUAUAGAUUUAUUAUUGUUAAAAUUAAUAAAAAUUUCGAGAACAAGUUCUAAUUUCAAUUCUCUUCUUCUUCAUCGCCGUCAUCGUCCCCCAGUAACAGAGUUUCAAAUUCCUCUUCAUUACCGUCUUCAACGACAUUUGUCUUCAUGUCAUUCAUGAUUUUUGAGUCUAAAACAUGCCGUAACCAAGUUUCAGUUUGAUAAUAAACGCGAUUGUUUGUAAGCUACUCCACUUGGUGGAAUAUUUGAUAACUACACAGGUUUAUUCGACUUUGUUGACUUGGCGAUGAACCGAACAGUUUUCUUCUUCAAAUGCGACAGCAAGUUUACGGAAUUUAAAUAAGAUGUACUCAAUUAUUUUCUGCUACAAAUGCUAUUAGUGUAAAUGAGAAUAUAAUAAAAAUAUAAUUUAAGUAUGUCCAUUAGUAAUUUUUCAAUUACCGAAAUAGAUUAUGAGUGUUAUUGAAUUGGUAAAUUUUAGAAUUAUUAGAAAGAUUGAAUUUAUUGCUAAAUAUAUAAUUAUUAUUUUUUUAUUAAUUUUUAGAUUAAAUACUAUAACCUUGAUAUUAGUUUUUAUCCGGACCACCAGUUGACCUUAGGUAAUUCUCUGACCGAACGUUCUACUACCGCAAUCUCGAAAACAGUUCAAAGUAUCAAACAAUGUUAAAUCAAAAGUUUUAGAGAAUUGAAUUAUCUACAAUAUUCAUAGAAAACGAGUGUUUUAUCCUAAAGUGGUUUGUAAUAUGAUACACACUGGAGAACAAGUUCAUUUAUGUAUCCAUCUUAAAUAAAAAAAAACGAUCCAAUUAAAAUUAACCUCAAAAUACAAAAAAAUUGUGCAAAGGUGCAUGCGCAAGCACAGUUCGCAGAGUCGUUGUUAAAGUUCAUUAGAAAUUGCAUUGCUUUUAUUUCGGAGAUCGAAAAGGUUAGUUUCGGAAAAUUGCUACAAUCAAAUAAUCAAUCUGACAGUGAAAUCUUAGAGCUUCCUUUUGUUUUAACAUCAAGUACAAAAGCCUGGAAGGAAUUGUUAAGUCUAAAAAUUGCAUAUGAAGAAUUUCAUCACAUUAUAUAACAUAUUAUAAGGCUACUACUAUUUUACUGUGGCUGUCACUAAAUGAAACAAAUCCAAGUUUUCUUACCUCAAAUUUUAUUAGAUUGAUUCAAUUAGACCCUCCAAAUCACCUAGUUAAUUCAAUGGCAUUUAUAUUUACUUCUUCUACAAGUACAUUUGAAAGUAUGUAAGCUUGUAUGUAAUUCUUGUAUAAUUAAGAAAGUAGAUCGAGCAACCUCUUGUUGACCUGUUUUCCCAACUUGUUUAUUCAGCAAAGUUUCACCUAUGAAGUCAGCCUGAUGAGAAUUAGAAAUAUACCUUAAAAGUCUCUGCAAAUAUAAAAAAGGCAAGUAGGUGAGUAGCAAAAAUUAGAAUGCUAGGUGACAUUAAAAACAUAAUCUCCAUAUUGGAAACGUUUCCUUAUGAAUUUAUAACUUUCAUUCUCAUUAUAUUUAUUUCCGAAAUCGAAAAGUGCUACAAUCAAUUAAUCAAUCUGAAUGAUAUUUAGUUUGUUGUUAAACCAAAAGUGAUGAUAAAAAUUUUGAUUGUCCAUUGGUACAUUUUGUAAAAUAUAUGGAAAACAUAAUAAAUUCAGUCAAAUCUUAGGGCUUCUUAUUGUUGUUUAGCAUCAAGUACGAAAGUGUGGAAGGAAUUGCUAGGUCAAAAUAUUUCAUACGACGAAUUUCGUCACAUUAUUCGACAUAUAAGGCUGUUACUAUUGCACUGUGACUAUCACUAAAUAAAACUUAUCCUUUGCUCUUCUGUGUGGAUGUCAAGUCUCCAAAAGUACAAAUAAACAUUUUUUCUAACCUCAAAUUUUAUAUAAUGCACGUUUGAAUAUUAGGUGGAGUUUUCAGAAUUCUAGUAACACUUUCAAAAUGAAUACAAUCAUUUUUAAUAAAGCGAAAACUUGUAUAAUAUCCCAACAACAAUUGUUGAUUUGAAAUGUUAUGUAUCUACAAAGUAAUUUCAAAAUAAUUUCUUAACAUAACAAUAAAUUUUGUAC